CGGUAGCGUCGGGUACAGCACCGCAGAUGUUAUAUCUGGCGUCGCGACGCUCUCAAGCCUCAGCCGCUCCUCAGCCGCCCGUCGAUUCACAACUCACCCCCACGAUUUUUUUCAGAGAUUCUAAAGCAGCAACAAGAUGUGUGACGACGAAGUAGCUGCCCUUGUUGUGGACAAUGGUUCCGGCAUGUGCAAAGCCGGUUUCGCCGGAGACGACGCUCCUCGCGCCGUCUUCCCCUCGAUCGUCGGUCGCCCUAGACAUCAGGGUGUGAUGGUCGGUAUGGGUCAGAAAGACAGCUACGUGGGUGACGAAGCUCAGAGCAAGAGAGGUAUCCUGACAUUGAAAUACCCGAUCGAGCACGGUAUUAUCACCAACUGGGAUGAUAUGGAGAAGAUUUGGCAUCACACUUUCUACAAUGAACUUCGAGUCGCUCCUGAAGAACAUCCUGUUCUACUCACAGAAGCGCCCCUCAACCCAAAAGCUAAUCGUGAAAAGAUGACGCAGAUCAUGUUCGAAACCUUCAACAGCCCCGCCAUGUAUGUCGCCAUCCAAGCCGUCCUUUCACUGUACGCUUCCGGUCGUACCACCGGUAUCGUCUUGGAUUCCGGUGACGGUGUUUCUCACACCGUACCCAUCUACGAAGGUUACGCUCUUCCUCAUGCUAUCCUCCGUCUGGAUUUGGCCGGUCGCGAUCUUACCGACUAUCUCAUGAAGAUCCUGACUGAGAGAGGCUACAGCUUCACCACCACGGCUGAGCGAGAAAUUGUCCGCGAUAUCAAGGAGAAACUGUGCUAUGUCGCUUUGGACUUCGAACAGGAAAUGGCUACCGCUGCCGCUAGCACAUCUCUCGAGAAGAGCUACGAGUUGCCUGAUGGUCAAGUCAUUACCAUUGGUAACGAAAGGUUCCGUACGCCCGAAGCUCUCUUCCAACCUUCCUUCCUGGGUAUGGAAUCCUGCGGUAUUCACGAGACCGUCUACAACUCCAUCAUGAAGUGCGACGUCGAUAUCCGUAAGGAUCUGUACGCCAACAACGUUCUGUCCGGAGGUACCACCAUGUAUCCCGGUAUUGCCGAUCGUAUGCAAAAGGAAAUCACUGCUCUUGCUCCCUCGACCAUCAAGAUCAAGAUCAUUGCUCCACCCGAGAGGAAGUACUCCGUAUGGAUCGGUGGUUCCAUCCUGGCUUCCCUGUCCACCUUCCAACAGAUGUGGAUCUCCAAACAGGAGUACGACGAGUCCGGUCCCGGCAUCGUCCACCGCAAGUGCUUCUAAGCAAUUACGCUCGAUGCUAUUCACUAUUAUUAUCGUUAUUAUUGCUACACCUUUCCCUAAGAUGUACCGAUCACUGCCGCAUUGCUUCGUCUAGUUGGG